CUCAAACUUCCUACUCGCUAUCAUCGACCAGUUAUCGAUCCCAUUUUCUCCAUCUAACCAAUUCCUUCUUACCAUUCUAUCCGUCAUCAUGCCGCCGCCUCCUCCCACUCCUCAGCCCUACGACAAGAGCAACUACCAGCUCCUCAAGGAAGGCGGCUGGAACAACAUGCACGACUUCAUGCGUUCCUACUACUUGAAGACUUGGGAACCGAACGAUUACGAGACGGCGAAGCAGAUCUUGGAGGGUUUCCGUGAGAUAGAUCAGAAGGCUUGGGAGGAACAGUACAGUUAUCACGGCGAGGUCGAGCAGGAGUACUACCAGGAUGACCACUGUAAUGACAAGCAUGACGAACAAGUUGCUUGGGACUCCUAUAACAAUGAGCAGGAAGCUUGGGAAAACCAGUAUUACGAACAGGAGGCUUGGAAGUAUGACAACGGUGGAGACGAGGGCUGGAAUGAUCAUGGUGACUGCGGCGAUGACUGCGGCGAUGACUGCGGCGAUGAUUAUGGUGACUACGGUGAUCAGGGAGACUAUGGAUACUAUUGAAUGUUAGUAUUUUGAUUCUGACUUUCUUCUAGUGUUGCUUCUGUACGUUUGACGAGUGGCUAACUGUUGGAUGAAUGGAUAGAUGCGGCCACUACGCGAUGGACUGUUCUCGUACUCUGGUUGUCCGGGAUAUGGCGUUUGUCUGAGCUGAGGGUGAAUCUUUACAUGAUGCAAAUUGAUAUGCCUAAUGAUUUAUGAAUGAGUG